AUGGUGAGAAGUCCUUUCUUUGACAAGAAUGGAUUGAAGAGAGGUUUAUGGAGUGAUGAUGAAGAUAAUAAGCUGAGAGCUUAUAUCCAAAAAUAUGGCCAUUGGAACUGGCGUCAACUCCCCAAAUAUGCAGGUCUUUCUCGAUGUGGGAAGAGUUGCAGAUUAAGGUGGAUGAAUUACCUGCGACCUAACCUGAAAACCGGGAACUACAGCGAAGAAGAGGAAGAUAUGAUCAUGAAAUUACAUCACAAACAUGGAAACAAGUACGGAAUGGUCAGUCAUUGCUGCACAUUUACCGGAAGAACAGACAAUGAUAUAAAAAACUACUGGCACACUCGUCUUAAGAGACGUGUGAAACUAAAUCCAAUAUCUAAAGUGACUGUUGAAUCAAGUGUAUCUUUCCAACCUAAACCAAAUCAAAAUGAGAAAUUUAAUGAAACUUCACUGAGUGAACGUAAAAAGGCGAGAGAAUCAGAACUCGAAAAUGUUGUCGCUGAUACCACAUCUCACCAGACUUUGGAAAGCACCCUAUCGUACCCUAAAGCAUUUCCCAGUGAUAUUUCCUUAAGUUCUAUGUCCACAAACUUAAGAAGCAUCGAUUGGCCGGCUGAAGAAAUGAUUUCCUUCAAUUCACUGGAAUAUUUCGCCGAGUCACUUGGAAAUUUCUGGAGUGAACCCUUUUUGGUAGACACGUUCUACGACCAACAGUAUUACUCACCACCAUCGACAGAGGGAGGGUUUAUGUCUCCAUACAUGUUUUACAACGAUGACGAUAUAAGUUUUUUCGAAUAA